UCGGCGAUGAUGUAUCUGUUGUCAAAUUAUUCGAAAAUCGCUUACUGCCUAUUAUUUUUAGCAGUUUUUUGGCUAUGUCAUGCAAAAGUCGAUCCCGAAAUCUAUCAAACUGCGUAUGAAAUAAUCGAAAGCAAAGGCUACCAAGCGGAUGAGUAUGUUAUCAUGAGCCGAGAUGGAUAUUAUCUCACUCUUCAUCGAAUACGAACGAAAAAUAUAACACAAUUUCCAAAUGUGGCGCUUCUACAACAUGGACUUUUAGAUUCUGCUCAUACCUGGAUAAACAACCUAGCAAAUGAAAGUCUGGGCUUCAUUCUCGCAGAUGCAGGGUUUGAUGUAUUUUUAGGAAACAGCCGAGGUAGCACUUAUUCUCAGCGGCAUGCUUAUUUGGAUCCUAAUGACGAUGAAUUCUGGGCUUUUUCUUGGGACGAAAUGGCCAAGUACGAUCUUCCCGCCUUUAUUGAUUUUAUUCUUAAAGAAACUGGUGCAAGGAAGAUUUACUAUGUGGGGCAUUCGCAGGGGGCCCAAAUGGCAUUGGCCAGGUUCAAUAUUGAUGCAGCUUUGCGUGACCAGGUUGCGGCUUUUGCUGCUCUUGCACCUGUGGCCCAUUUGGGGAGUAUUCGAAGCCCAGUUCGUUACAUUGCGCCAUUCUGUAAGUCCCUUCGAACAGCUCGGUACAUUUUUGGUGGGAAAGGGCGUUUUCUUCCCUCGAACGGUCUCAUUCAAUUUCUCUCCUUUUUUCUCUGUGGGGGUGGACAGAAUAUUUCUGGGAAUUUUGCCCGAUUUCCAUCGUCAGUCUGCGAGAAUUUCAUUUUUCUGCUAUCCGGUUACAAUCCCUCAAAUACAAAUGUGAGUCGUCUUCCAGUCUACUUAGCUCAUACACCUGCUGACACCUCGAUUCAAAAUAUGGUCCACUACUGCCAGGGCAUAUGGACCAGUCGAUUCGAAGCUCUGGAUUUUGGAUCUCCAGCUGCGAAUUUCGCGAAGUACAACCGCACAACUCCACCUCCCUACGGUCUCCAAAGAUCGGCACUUAAUCUCCCAACACGAGUUUACUGGGGUGGAAAUGAUUGGUUAUCAACUCCGCGUGAUAUUUCAGGGAUUCUACACGAAAUGACAAGCGAUCCGAAAGUGAAUGAUGUCACGGACGUCUACCUGAAUGAUUACAAUCAUCUCGAUUUUGUCUGGGGCUUAGAUGCUGCUCUCCGGGUCUACCCUGAUAUCGUUGACUUCUUCAAGCAUCAUUAA